AUUUCUGAUUUUCACUUUCAAUUUCAUCAAUUUCAUAAUUUCGAUCGAAGAAUGAAGAAACCUUGUUGUAUUUGUAUAAAACAUUCGAUAUAAUUCAGAUUUGUUGACUAUGCUGUGAACUAUUUUUAUUUUAUGAAUCAUAUUUUAUGGAUAGCUAAUUCCAGAAAUGGAGGAAGAUCACUGUUUACACGAAUGUGAAAGUUACAUUCAAAGCCAUAAUAUUCAAUUGUUAUUAAAAGACUGUAUUGUACAGCUUUGUGUAAAUAAGCCAGAAAAUCCGGUAACAUUUCUCAGACAAUAUUUUCAAAAAUUGGAACGGGAGCAAGUGAAAGCAGCGGCAGCAGCUGCGGCUGCGUCUGAAGGUGAAGCAGAUGGGGAGCUGUCGCCACUACCGGUGCCGGGCGGGCAGCCGCCUCGGCGACGCGGCGGUAUCAGUGCGGAGCCCAUGACAGAGGAAGAUGUUACUAGUUAUGUUAAAAAGGUGGUGCCAAAAGACUACAAGACUAUGGGUGCUCUGUCCCGUGCCAUCGCUUCCAACGUGCUGUUCACUCACCUGGACGAGUCGGAGCGGGCGGACAUGUUCGACGCCAUGUUUCCUGUCCAGUUCCUCCCCGGCGAGACCGUCAUACGACAGGGGGACGAGGGGGACAACUUCUAUAUUAUACACUCGGGCGAAGUUGAGGUGCUAGUGAACGGCGAGCCAGUGACUAGCAUCGGUGAGGGCGGCAGCUUCGGCGAGCUGGCGCUCAUCUACGGCACGCCGCGCGCCGCCACCGUCCGCGCGCGCACCGCGCUCAAGCUGUGGGGGCUCGACCGCGACUCCUACCGCCGCAUCCUCAUGGGCUCCACCAUCCGCAAGCGCAAGAUGUACGACGAGUUCCUGUCCCGCGUCUCCAUACUAGAAAGCUUAGAGAAAUGGGAGCGGCUGACGGUGGCGGACGCGCUCGAGCCCGUGUCGUUCACAGACGGCGAGACUAUCGUGCGGCAGGGCGAGCCCGGCGACGACUUCUAUAUUAUUGUCGAAGGCACGGCGGUGGUGCUGCAGCAGCGCAGCGGGCAGGCGGAGGGCGCGGCGGUGGAGGUGGGGCGCCUGGGCCCGUCCGACUACUUCGGCGAGAUCGCGCUGCUGCUCGACCGCCCGCGCGCCGCCACCGUGCGCGCCGCCGGCCCGCUCAAGUGCGUCAAGCUCGACCGCGCCAGGUUUGAACGCGUGUUGGGGCUGUGUGCUGACAUCCUGAAACGCAACAUUGCACAGUACAAUAGUUUUGUGUCUCUGUCCGUGUAAAGUGUUCAAUGAACUUCAUAGUCCAUAACAUAAUAUAGUAAAUAUUAUACUGAAACCUAUAAGGGUUUGAGUUAAACUUUUUAUACGAAAAAAAUAAGCCAGAGUACACUAGCUUACAGAAUGUGUGGAAUGAUAAUAUUUAUAUAAUACCUACAAAUAAUCUUUAUUUCUUUAAUAUUUACCUUUUAAUGUUUAAAUGUAGCAAUUAUUUCGUUUAAAAAUAUGUGUUCUUACUUAUUUAUAUUUGAAGCCAAGUGAUGGGUCUGCCGGCCAAAACUUAUACCAUUACGGUCAAAUGUGGUAAUAUAAGUAAAAUAAACUUCGUGAUUUCGAUGUUUUCCCUGUUCGUUAUAUUAGGUGCAAUUUUUAGCGGCCGGCUCUUAUGUAUUGUAUAUUAUAUUAAUCAAGUUAAUAUAUUUUGGAAAGGAGUGAAGUAACAUAACAUUUCGCUGGAGUAGGUGUGCGUGUUAAUACAUUAAUAUUUUAAUAUGUAUUCAUCGUAAGUCAAUUACAAUGAAGGAUAGUGUUGUUUUAUUCUGUAUUUUAAACCAAUAAAGUUAGAAAUGAU